AUGGCAGCAGCAGUAACCCAACGACCUCUCGACGUCCUCUCCGCCCCUCAUUUACACCCCAACCCAGCCCUCGAAGUGAACAACCCCUCUAAGUCGCUCUACACUCCCCGACACGUAACCGCAACGUUCAACUAUUUCAAGCCGAACGAAGACGGGUCUCCACCAGCACCAGCAUACGUCGGCCGCCCCGAAACAUAUGAGAGGCCUUCCGACCCACACACUGUGACAGUCCACGACAUCCGUGGUUCUGAAGACGAAUACAGUUUAGAUAAAACCGGCUUUGGGAUCUUCAAACAUGAAAGUACGGAAAAGGAUUUCACGGACGAAGAGAAGAUCAAGGACGUGUAUUACAAGGAAGUUGAAGGGAUUCUAAAAAAAGCAACUGGCGCUACCAGAAUCCUAAUCUUCGAUCACACAAUUCGCCGUGCCGUCCCUGGAGGCGACUCCUCAACGCAGCGCGGCCCCGUCCAACGCGUGCACAUCGACCAAUCCUACACGGCGAGCUCUAACCGCGUAUCACACCACCUGCCCCUCGAAGCUGCCGUCCUCCUACAAUCCCGCCACCAAAUCAUCAACGUCUGGCGCCCCAUUAAAACCAUCCGCAAAGAUCCCCUCGGCGUCGCUGACGCGCGUAGUGUGGGGGAUGAGGAUUUGGUGCCCAUCGGCCUCAUAUAUCCUGACCGCGCUGGCGAGACGUGUAGUGUAGCAUUCGGCGCCGAACAUCGCUGGCAUUAUUUGAAUGAACAAAGUCCAGAGGAGGUGCUGCUUAUUAAGUGUUUUGAUUCCGAGACGGAUGGCCGCGCCAGGAGGGUCCCGCAUUCGGCGUUUGUGGAUGAGGAGAGGGUGGGGGAGGAGACGAGAGAGAGUAUUGAGGUUAGGGCGCUAGUUUUUGGUUGA